CCCAUACCAGUUCUCGGAAGCGUCUCCAUGGAGACAGCGGGAAGUUUGUCCCGGGGGCUGCAAGAUGGAGAAAUACAAGAAAAUCCGGGUGGUCGGCAGAGGGGCUUUUGGGAUUGUGCAUUUAUGCCUGAGAAAAGCUGACCAGAAGCUGGUGAUCAUCAAACAGAUCCCUGUAGAGCAGAUGACCAAGGAUGAGCGCCUAGCAGCGCAGAAUGAAUGCCAAGUGCUGAAACUGCUCAACCACCCAAAUAUUAUUGAAUAUUAUGAAAACUUCCUGGAAGACAAGGCCCUCAUGAUUGCAAUGGAAUAUGCCCCAGGCGGCACAUUGGCAGAAUACAUCCAGAAGCGCUGUAAUUCACUUCUAGACGAGGAUACCAUACUGCACUUCUUUGUCCAGAUACUUCUAGCUCUCCACCACGUUCAUAAUAAGCUGAUACUUCAUCGGGACCUGAAGACCCAGAACAUCCUGCUGGACAAACACCAAAUGAUUGUCAAGAUUGGAGACUUUGGCAUCUCGAAAAUCCUAAGUAGCAAAAGUAAAGCAUACACGGUUGUGGGAACUCCUUGCUACAUCUCUCCUGAACUUUGUGAAGGGAAACCAUAUAACCAGAAGAGCGACAUAUGGGCACUGGGCUGUGUCCUCUAUGAACUCACAAGUCUGAAGAGGGCGUUUGAAGCUGCAAACCUGCCUGCCUUGGUGCUGAAGAUCAUGAGUGGGACAUUUGCACCGAUCUCAGACAGGUACAGCCCCGAGCUACGCCACCUCAUCCUCAGCAUGCUUAAUCUCGACCCAUCCAAGCGGCCGCAACUGAACGAGAUCAUGGCUCACCCCAUCUGCAUCCCGGCUCUGCUCAACCUGUACAGUGACAUUGGGAGCGUCAAGAUGAGGGUGGAGAAGCCGUUGACUUCAGUGCCUGGGGUUAAUCGUGGCCGUCCUCCAGGACGUAUCCCCAGUGCCAGGUCCAGAGGUGGCCGUGUUGGCUAUUCUUCCGCAAAGCCUGGUGUCCCACCUCCCUUGUCUUCUGUGUACACCUGGGGAAGUGGAAUUACUUCCCCGCUUCAUCUACCCAUGUUGAACACAGAGGUUGUGCAGGUCUCCGCCGGAAGGACUCAGAAAGCUGGGGUCACCAAAUCCGGGAGACUUAUCAUGUGGGAGGCCCCACCUGUAGGAGCUGGCCCACCUUCCAUUCCGGGCUCCAUAGAACAUACACAGCCCCAGUUUAUAUCACGCUUCCUGGAAGGCCAGUCAGGAGUGACUAUAAAGCAUGUGUCGUGCGGAGAUUUGUUUACUGCCUGCCUGACAGACAGAGGUAUAAUAAUGACCUUUGGCAGUGGGAGCAAUGGCUGCUUGGGACAUGGCAAUUUCAAUGAUGUCACUCAGCCCAAGAUCGUAGAAGCUCUCCUGGGUUAUGAGAUAGUUCAUGUGUCCUGCGGGGCUUCACACAUCCUUGCUGUUUCAAACGAGAAAGAAGUUUUUUCCUGGGGCCGUGGUGACAAUGGACGCCUGGGGUUAGGUAGCCAGGAGUCCCACAACUCCCCUCAGCAAGUCUCAAUCCCGCAGGAGUAUGAAGCCAAAAGAGUUGUGUGUGGAAUUGACAGCUCCAUGAUUCUCACGGUGGGCAGCCAGAUCCUGGCCUGUGGCAGUAACAGAUUUAACAAACUGGGCCUAGAUCACAUAGCAUCUGGAUGUGAGCCUUCUCCAGAGGAGCAAGUGGAAGAGGCCUAUGUCUUUACUCCCGUCCAGUCAGCACCACUGAAUCAGGAGGCCAUCUUAUAUGCCGAUGUUGGGACCUCACAUUCAGCGGCAGUGACAGUGCUGGGUCAGUGUUAUACAUUUGGCAGUAAUCAACAUGGACAGUUGGGCACCACAGCUCACAGACACAGCCGCGUGCCCUAUCUUGUGAGUGAGCCUCGGGACUCAAAGGUGACAAUGGUGGCAUGCGGAGAUGCCUUCACUGUCGCUGUUUGUUCAGAGGGCCAGGUCUUCACUUGGGGAAAAGGGGCUAGGGGACGCUUGGGUCGCAGAGAUGAAGGAAUUGGCGUCCCCAAAAUGGUCCAACUCGAAGAAAGCCACCCAUAUGUUGUGACAUCCGUGGCAUGUUGCCAUGGCAACACUCUUCUGGCUCUGAAACCGAGCGCAGAAGACGUGUCUGUGUGAGGUGGAAGUAUUACAACAUGGACCUGUACGACUUCAAGCUGGUAGAGUCAAUUACGUCUUCCAUGAAAAUCCUUUCCAAAAUUAC